AUGUUCAAAGUUCACCAACAUUUUAUUCUUAAUCUUACAUUUCUUUUAUUAAUUAUCGAUCGGAUUUUUGCUGACGUAAUCAACGCAAAUACAUUUUAUGUUAAAUUUACUUCUUCACCUUUCACAUCAUCACGAGACCAUAUUGAAGCUCAACAUGAUAAUUUUCAUAAAGAGUUAUUUAAACGUGGAAUUCAUGUUAAAAUUAAAGAUGUAUUCAAACGAUAUGCAAAUGGAUUAAGUAUUGAAAUCGAUAAACGACAUGUAAAGAGAAUCGCUGAAAUUGAGCAUGUUGAGAGCGUUGAACCUGUGGAAAUAUAUAGACGAAUUAAUCCAAUCAACUUUGAUAUUAAAAAACGUGCUGAAUCUUAUAAUCAAACAAUUUUAAUCGCUUCUAACAAUGAUAUCAAUUCUGUUCAUGAAGUUACUGGCGUUAAAAAAGUUCAUGAGGAAUUAAAACUCACGGGAAAAGGUGUUAAAGUUGGAUUCAUUGAUUCCGGCAUUGAUUAUACCCAUCCUGCUCUCGGAGGAUGCUUUGGACCAGGAUGCAGAGUAGCAUUUGGAUAUAAUUUUGUUAAUAAUACUGACGACCCGUACGAUAAUUGCAACGGACAUGGAACUCACGUGGCAGCAAUUGCUGGGGGGAUGGAUCCAAGGGAUGACGGACCUGGAUUUGUAGGCGUAGCUCCUGACGUUAUCUUUGGUGCAUAUAGAAUAUAUCCUUGCAUUGCAUGUGAAAAUAACGAAUGUGCAAAUAAUGCUGAAGAAAUUAUCAUAAUGAAAGCCAUUAUAAGGGCCGGAAUUGCUGGCAACAAUAAAAACAUGCUUGCAACAUUGGUUAAUGAACUGACUAAAUAUAAAGGAAUAAUAUUCAUAGUUGCAUUAGGGAAUAAUGGUAUGAGUGGAUUAUUUACUGGUGGAUUACCAGCGACGGCAGAAAAUACUAUUGGAAUUGGCUCAUUUGAAACAAAUAAAGUUUUGAAUUUUAAUGCUUUUGAUCCGAGAAAUCCAGAAUUUGUUAUUAAUUAUAUUACAAAUAAUGUAUCGGCAUUUCCUUUUAAAAAUGCCAAAGUUAGUUUAUUUCCAAUGGAUAAAUGUUUGAAUGAUUAUAAAGAAUUUGAUAAUACAGUAAUUAUUGUUGACCUUAGAACUGAACUGAAAUGUCCAGAAUUAACAAUUCGUCUUGCUAAAAUAAAACCACUCGCAGUAUUAGCAUCCUUGAAGUUUGAUGGACUUCAAUAUUUUGAAUUACCAUAUUUACCAGCGGAAUACGGAGCGAUGAUUUCUUCAAAACAAGCCGAUAUCAUAAUUAAAUAUCUUGAAGAAUACCCAAAUUUAGAAUUGGAUUUUUCUGAUAAGUACGGAUAUAUGGAAAAUCAUCCAUUUGCUGCAACUCCUUCUGUAUUCACAAGUUGGGGUUUAUCUCAUGAGUUGGAUAUCAAGCCCGAGGUUUGUGCACCUGGAGGAUUGAUUUUAUCGGCUUUUCCAGUUAAUUUAGGACCUUACGUGUUAAAGACCGGAACAAGUAUGGCUGCACCGUAUAUAACAGGCGUAACAGCAUUAUUUUAUGAAGUAUUCGGAAAACGAAAGUCUCCCGAACUAAUCAAAACCGCACUCAUGAAUAAUGCCGUUCCUCUUAAAAGUCGUAAUAAAUUAUUGGCAUCGGUACUUCAUCAGGGAGCAGGACUUGUUAACGCCUUUAAUGCUUUGAUAGCAACUAGCUUUGUUUACCCACCCAAAAUUAAUUUGAAUGAUACGGUUCAUUUUAACGGUUAUCAUAAAUUAACUGUUUAUAAUUUUGGAACAAGUGGGAUGAAAUAUAAAUUGUCACAUUUGCCAGCUCCAUGCGUUGAUGGAUAUAACAAUACUCUCAUAAGUAAUUUUUAUGAGUUGAAAUUUUUAACAAAUCAACAUGCUGAUGUUAGAUUUGAUAAUGAUCAAAUUACCGUACCGCCUGGAUCAAGUGUUGGAAUUUCUAUUACUUUUACUCCACCAAGAGAACUACCUAAAGAUGGACAUUGGUUUUAUAGUGGAUGGGUAAUAAUUACUCCUUUGGACGAGAGGUUGACUUCAAUGACCGUUCCUUAUGCCGGAUUAGCUGAUGAUGCAAAAUCUCUUCCAAUAUUUCAAACUCCAAUAUUUCCUAAGCUUGCUGAUUUGGCUGAAAAUUACAUCACAAAUAAUGAUUCGGUUAAAUCAUUUUCCUUUAAUAUGAGUAUUAGAUUACUAAUUGAUAAACCAACCGUGUUUCUUAAUCUUGCAACUCCAACAGAAAUGAUUUUUACCGAAAUACUUGACGCAAAUCAAACAUUUUUAGGAUGGGUUAAGGACUUUACUGGAAUUAAAGUUGUGAAAAAUCCGACAGAAAAAUCGAACAACUUGGUUACAUGGGAUGGAAUAAUUUAUAAUCAAAAUGAUACAGGUACUCUAGCUCCUAACGGGGAAUAUUUUAUUAGGAUUAAAGCGUUAAAAUUGUUUGGUGAUAAUAAGAACGAGAAGGAUUAUGAAUAUUGGAUUAGUCCCAAAUUUAGAGUUGAGAGGCCGAUCUUUACUAAUCCUUUACAGUGA